AUGUUUUUUUAUGUGUGUUCAAAUUUGAAUUUAUCAUUGAAAAAGGUAUUAUAUGAGAUGUCUUCAACAAUAAAUUGUCGAAGACUAUUGAAAGAAGACAUUGAAAUGUCUUGUGAAGAAUUGGCACUAUAUUUAUUAGGAAAAAUCGUGGUCAGAAAACUUGAAGAUGGCCAACUACUGAAAGGGCGAAUUCUAGAAACUGAAAGCUAUUUAGGUGGUGAAGAUAAAGCAUCCCAUAGUUACAACGGCAGGAGAACACAAGCAAAUGAACCAAUGUACAUGCCAGUUGGUACUUUGUAUGUGUACAUGACCUAUGGAAUGUACUACUGUUUGAACAUAUCCAGCCAAGAACCUGGAGCAGCAGUUCUGUUAAGAGCACUAGAACCCUUUGAAGGCAUAGAAACAAUGAGAAGGUUUCGAGCGGAAAAUAAUAAACGUGGCACUGUGAUAACCAAAACAUCACUCCUAUGCAAUGGACCCUCCAAGUUGUGCAUUGCAUUGAACAUAACCAAAAACGCCUUCAACAAAGUCAAUGUCCUCGAUAUGAGGAACGAAAAAUUGUGGUUCGAGGACGAUCCAAAUUUUUCAGUGGAAAACCUCAAAAUUAUCCGUACUUCGCGAGUGGGAAUUCCAAGUGCAGCAGAAUGGAGCAAGAAGCCUUUGAGAUUGUAUAUCAUGGACAAUGAUUGUGUUAGUAAACGAGAUAAAAUCGCGGAAAGAAUGGACAAUUAUUCUGAUAUGGGGGUUUGA